ACAUAAACACAAUACGGAAAAAUGUCCGUGACGGCGGGUAUUAAAAUUAAUAAACGAACUCAGAUUCACCUAAUGAAAAGAAAAGGCAAAAAUUCAAUAACGUCAAAAAUAGUAUAUUAUUGCAGAAGCCGAAUGGCAAUUCGUGGAUGAGAUUUGAUUUGGUCCGACGAUGCGAAGAUGAAUCAAUUAUUCAAGCCCCAAGCAACACUCUAAAGUAACAUCAAAAACAAUUUCUCUACUUAAUUAUAAAGUUUAAGAGAAUAGUGCACGGCCGCAUCUCCAUACAAAUGAAUAGACCCAAUUUUCCUCUUUGGAUUUUGACAUUUCGUUUUGGAUCUUAACAUAGUUAGGUAUAUACAUAUUUAAAUUUAUGUACCUAUAUUAAUUAUGGCUAUGUCCCGUUGUACGAUUUUUUUCUAUUUUUUGAUUACUAUAAAAGAAAAUCCAUACAACUUUUUAACGCUGUUACAUAGGAGGGACGUAAUAGAUUUUUUUUCUGCUGACCGUCAUAAUAUGAUAGUUAUAUAUCAUAAUACUUUAUCAUUUUGUGCCGAUUGCAUUGUAUAAGUACUUCAAUAAAAAAAACCUUACUACUCGUAAGUGGGCCAUUUUAAUGAUAUAUGUUAUCUAUUUUGUGGAAUUUUAAUAUUUAUUCUACACAGAAUCACACGUUCUUUCGAUCCUAAUAGUAGAAAAAAUGUGUCCCAACGUUUUUAUUUCCAUUCCGUUAUUUUUCAUAGGCUUUAUUUAUUUGAAAUAUUAAUCAGGCAACAAGGCCCAUAUUCCAAAUACCUUACAGACUAACAUAUUUAGGUGACAAACCAGCGUGGCUCCAUUGAAUCGUCUGGUCUUAACUCUUGUGUCGGAUUUUUAUGUGACGGUAGCCGGAAAUGAAAAAAAAAACGAUUUUUUUUUUCCUAUUAGGAUCGAAAGAGCUCGUGAUUCAAUGUAAUUUCAGUAGACAACAUUUAAAAAAUUCCAUAUUUGAAAAUAAGUGUAGUGUAGAUACAACUUUAAAUAAAAUGCCCAAAGUAAAGAUGCCAUACUAAGCGAAGCACAAAACGAUGAAUUCACUGAGUGCUGACACUGGCAAAACACUUUGAUGACCACCAAUUACCAGCGUGUACUAUAUCCACAAACACAUCUCUGCGUCUCUCUUUAACUCACUCUAAUCGAUUACACCCAGCUCUUUCUAACGUCAUACAAUAGACUUCUUAAUCAUUUCCUUCCGAGAGCCAAACGGUUGAUUCUCCUUUUUCUACUGAGCAAAAAUCUACUUCAGAGUGAAGAAAAGACGGCUUAGACUCAAAUAUUAAAGGAGUUCAAUCUCACUUAACUUACUUGAACAGAAAAAUCGCUCUUAAAUCAUAACAAUAAGGUUGAUUAUACAACAAAACGGUUUACAAUAUAAGAUCUAAAGCAAACGAGAGGCGUGAUAAUGAUAGCAGUAUUAAGCCGCUAGUAAUAGAGCUUAUAUUCGCCCAGCGAGUAUUAAUAAAAUAAGUUUGAGUACACCCCGUAUGUAGGCGUGGCGGUGUGGCUGAAUGAGUAGCGCUUCGAUCGCGCGACGGACGGACGUGUCGAAAAUCGAAUUCCGAAUUCGAUUUUCGAAAUUUAGGCACAUCACUAUUCUAGUGAAAUAAGUGUAUUUUUCUUACAAAAAUGACUGCGUGUUUAAUAAAAUAGGACUAUUUAUGUUAACAUAUUUUAUUGUAUCGUGUUUAAAUUUACGAACAAAUUAUAUUUUAGAUCACAGACAUUUUAUGUGUUUCACAAAAUUACUGGAAACUAAAGUGAUUUUCAUUUUUAAAAGUGUUAAAAGGGUGAUUUUAAAAUGGAACCACAAACAGUAGAAACGCAAGCGAAAAAACCAAAACCAUUCUCCAUAGACUCGAUAAUCGGUAACAAUCGAAAAUCGCCAGAAAUCGACAUCGAAAACCAAUCUGAUUCUAGAAAUUCCGAGGAAGACGAGGAAGAAAUGAAUAGAAUGCGAUAUUAUUUCAAUUCGCCGUUCAUUCAGAAUGGUGUGUCGAUACCUUUUUUGUUAGGUUAUGGGGAACCGUGGCUGUCUAGAGUUUUAGCGCCUGUGCCUGAGAGGGAAAGAGAAGAGAAAACUGAGAGUCCAGUUAGUGUGGGGAGUGAGGAGAGCGACGGAGGAGAGGAUAAUACGCAAGGAAACGACUCCGAGCCCGACCAAGAGGACUCAACAGACCGUCGCGAGAGCAAAGCGAGGCGCCGGCGCACGGCCUUCACUUCCGAACAGCUGUUGGAGUUAGAGCGAGAGUUCCACGCCAAGAAGUACCUGAGUCUGACAGAGAGGUCGCAGAUCGCGGCGGCGCUCAAACUUAGUGAAGUACAGGUCAAAAUAUGGUUCCAAAACCGUCGCGCGAAAUGGAAACGCGUGAAAGCCGGUCUCGCCUCCGGCAGUCACUCGGGGAAAACCACGGGCACCAAGAUAGUCGUUCCCAUACCCGUGCACGUCAACCGCUUUGCCGUACGAACACAACACCACCAGAUGGAAAAACAACAGUUCAGACUCGACAGGAACCAACCUUGCAGCCUUUUACAAUCCCAAACCUCAGCGUUCUCGAAAAACGACACUUUUUUAAAAGAAUCGAAUCCGUUUUUGAAAGAAUCGAGUUUACCGAGCCCGUUUUUGAAAAACGAAUCGGUAAUAUCGAUGGGGCGCAGCACUAUGUAUGACGCGAGCAUGUCCGCUAGGUUGGCAAGCUUGAGUCAAGCAGCCAAUUUGAGGUUUGGAAAUCAAAAUGGCCGACCUAGCUAGUCUGGGAUUUGCAAUAGAUACAGGCUGAUUUUCUUUGGUAAUGAAGAUUCAUCAAUAAACUAUUAUCACUGAAGCAUUGUGCAUGCGAUAAUUAAUUACCUUCUUGCUAAUUUUGCUACAGUUUAUAGCAUUUAAAUUAAUAAUACCUAAUGCUAAAAUAUCAGUCGUUGUAUGGAUAGUGUUUCAGCGAAAAUAUGUUAAGACAACGAAAUUAUAUCGUAUUUUUACAAAAUGGUUGUUUCAAAUCGAGUCCAGUUCUUGAAAGCUUAGUACAGAGUUCCCACUGCCUAACAAUACCGAAAGCAAUUGGUAGAACGGCAUAAAGGCGUUCAGCUUUCAAACAGGUUGUCAUUGAUAACAAUAUAUAUAUGCAAAGGUGUGUGUGAAGGCUGUAAAGUCCUCGUCCACACUGUGCUAGUGUGAAAUGUAAUGUACAGUCGCUAUCAGAUAUAUUGGAACGGCCAAGGUGCUCACAAAUUUCUGGACACACCUCUUUUUUCAAGGCCUUAGAGUACGUGUUUAGAUAUUUAUGAGCUCGGCCGCUCCUAUAUAUCUGAUGAGUGAUGACUGAUGGCGACUAUUAGAGGUACUCCAAACCCUCUUACACUUUCUAUGAGCAGAUGCCGAAAUAUCCAGCAAUUGGUCAAAUACAUAUAUAGGCCAGUAAUAAUACCUAAAGAUGAUAACUUAAUAACGUCAACAGACGACCACUUGAAAAGUGCCAUAUAUUGAACCUUGCUUGUAUCAAAAUAAGCUUGAUUUCUGUUUAAUUAUUUGCUUGCAAAUAGUAAGUUGUCGUUGUCACCUGUCAAAUAUGAGAAAAUCAAUGUUUGACAGCUGAAUCGUCAAUUCUGGCCACACUUGAAAGAAAAGUCACUUUAAAGAGGUUUAAUAUUCCGUAAUAUGGAGGGUAGAGUAAAAUAGCGCCACCGGAGAGAUUUCGAACUAUUAUUUUCAGCUGCCAGCUGGACACUUUUGCAACAGAUUUUUCCAUUAGAGAUUGUUCUCCUUACCUCUACCCUCCAUAUUCCGAAGUAAUAAAUAAAUAGGCUUAAAUAUCUAGUAGGUCCAGUCGUCUGCAUAAUAUAGUCUGUCAAACAACUGUCAGUAGAAAAAGGCACGAAAUUCAAAUUUUAUACGGGACGCUAACCCUCGCGCUUACAUUUUUUAAAUGUGCCGCCUUUUUCUACUGACGGAAAUGGCUUGACAGACUAUAUGUUAAUCUUCGAAGGCCACAAAAAUAUUUGACACGCUCUUAUGGCUUAUGAAUAAGAUCAUGACAGAUAUUUUUGCGGCCUUUGUUGUGUAACAUAUUAUUGCUGUACUUGGAAUAACGAGGAAACAACCUGCUUAAAGAAAUCAAUAAAUAAAAUAAUAGGUAUUAUGUGGAUUUAUUAAAAGUCGGCCUGCUAAGGUUAAAAUACUAUAAUAAAGGACCAUGGGCAGAAAUGUCCCCACCCACCAACAGAAACAAAACAUGUCUCAUUCAAUAGAUCUUGGCAAUCUGAUGAUUUGUUACUAUGACGAGGAUCGCCCUAUGUAUGGGGUUUUCUUGGAAAACUGUAUUUUGUUUUUAUAUAUUUUUCGCUCAUUUCAUUGAAAAUUGCAGGCAGGUCAUAGGGCGAUCCGCGUCAUAGUAACAAAUCAUCAGGUUGCCAAGACCUAUUGAAUGAGACAUGUUUCGUUUCUGUUGGUGGGUGGGGACCAAUGAGCGGAAUUCUUCAUAGCAAAAAUCAAACUGUCAGAGGGAUUGACCUAACUGUUUUAUCGACUUAUCGAUAAAUAUUUGUCACUUAACGAAACAAAGUUAAAGUAAUGAAAUUAGACUUUUGGAUAUACAUUCAAACAAAUUAACGGUGUCCCUAAUUAGCUGACUGCCACUGUAUUUUGGUAUAAUAGUAAAGAAUAAAACAGAAUAGUACAUUACGAUACAAGUGCGAAAAAUAGGAAAUUCGAAACGAGUGGCGGUAAAUUAAAACACGACCGAAGGGAGUGUUUUAAAUCGACACGAGUUGCGAAUUACCUAUUCGCACAUGUAUCGUACAACGUUUUACAGUACAUAUGGCCCUUUAAAUGUUCGACACAGUAACGUAAUAUGCUACUUCUCGCACUAGUGCUAUAAAGUGCUGUACUGUAAAAUAAAUUUUAUGAUGUAAAUGAACGUAACAUUUAGAGCAAUAUAUUGUCGAAGAAUCUUCUUUGAAACUGAAAUAAGAAUCUUUCUGUAUCCAUUUUUUUAUUGUUUUCUUUUAGGAUUAACCAUUUUAGUAACACGGCACGGAAAUCACUCAUGAAAACUCAAGUGACAUAAAUGACAUAUGUGACGCUGACAUGAUUUACUUUAAUACGGAGAUGCAAGUUGCUUAUCAAAGAGGUCAAAUGUUACAGAAUAAUCUUUUAAGUUGAUUAUGGAUACCUAAUGCGAUAUUAUUCCGUAACAUCGAUAAGUCGAUAAAACAGUUAGGUCAAUCCCUCUGACAGUUUGAUUUUUGCUAUGAAGAAUUCCGCUCAUUGUUGGGGACAGUGCCCAUACAAAUUUGCCCAUGGUCCUUUGUGUUUAUAAAUCAUUGCAAAUAUAUUGUAAGUACGUUGGAAAACUAUUAAUUGUAAAUUACUAUUUAUAAGCAAUGCCUAUCUAUAUUGUAACGGAAAGUAAUAAUUAGAUAAUAAAACGUGUGAUAAAAUUAAA